AAACAGGCCCCAGGUUGGUGUUUGUAAACUUGCCUCGGUCCCGGCCAGGGCAGCGGGGGCCGCUGGGUUGGCACGGUGUGCUGGGGCCUGGAGGAGGCGCUGCGUGGCGGAGGAUUCAGUGGGAGGCCGUGCCUGGCAGGUUUCAGAAAUGCACCAUGAACUGUGAACUUUGAGGAGAUAACUCAACUGGAAAACCAAGACUGGCAGACUCUUUUUCUUCAUACAGUAGACAGGAACAGGCGACAUCCAAGGAUUAUUCGCACCUUUGGAGUACGUUAAGUUCUAUUUGAAGGCAAAGGCAUUUCACUAUGGCAGCAGGACUGAAGGGACAUAAAGGAGUCGUUACCGUGAUUUGGUGACAAUUCUUCAAACCACACGGUGUCUUAAGAACAGUGGAUCAAGAAACUCCUGAACUUUUGGGUUGCAUUAAGUGAGAAAUCAGCAUGGCUCAGGCAAGUCUCCUGGCUUGUGAAGGCCUAGGAGGUAUGAGUUUGGUCCCCACUGCAGCCAGCAAGAAGAUGAUGCUGAGCCAGAUUGCCAGCAAGCAGACUGAGAAUGGCGAGCGGGCAGGUAGCCCUGAUGUGCUGAGGUGCUCAAGUCAGGGCCACCGAAAAGACAGUGAUAAGUCCCGGAGCCGCAAAGAUGACGACAGCUUGGCUGAGUCCUCUCAUUCCAAAAAGACUGUUAAAAAGGUGGUAGUAGUGGAACAAAAUGGUUCUUUUCAAGUAAAGAUUCCCAAAAAUUUUAUUUGUGAACACUGCUUUGGAGCCUUUAGGAGCAGUUACCACCUGAAGAGGCACAUCCUUAUUCACACUGGUGAGAAGCCAUUUGAGUGUGAUGUAUGUGAUAUGCGCUUCAUCCAGAAGUACCACCUGGAACGUCACAAGCGGGUACACAGUGGUGAAAAACCUUACCAGUGUGAACGGUGUCAUCAGUGUUUUUCUCGAACAGAUCGAUUACUUAGACACAAACGGAUGUGUCAAGGGUGCCAGUCCAAGACUUCCGACGGACAGUUUUCUCUAUAGGUGCAAGGGGCCUUAGGUGGUGGGAAUGAUCAGAAGAAUCUACUGAAGAGUGCGCCCUUUCUGGUCAAUGGUCCCACCACCACCUGGUCUGUACCUUCCCCCCUCCU